AUGACCGGCGAGAGUUUGCUGCCUUCCAUGGCGAUUCUGCAUCGCGCCUUGUUCGCGUGGUUCAAUGUCCUCAUAUUUAUGAUCCUGCUGGCUCUCAGGCUUGACCAGAAGAUACAAUGGAAUUACUUCAUCGUUUUCAUCCCGCUGUGGCUCUAUGACAAUUUUCUGCUCAUUUAUAUCAUCUUUAACAUGAUCUCACAUUGCAAGAACCCACUCAACAGACAUAUUGUCAGUUUGCAACGCAAAGCAUGGUACAUGACCAUCGUACUUGUAUUCAUGUGCACCAAGAUCCUGAUUUGUUUGAAACUCGAAGCACCUCACUGGUUCUUACCUGGUAAAGUGGUGCUGGCACCGUUCUGGCUACUUCUCCCGGCACUGACCGUGGACAUCUUCAUUCAUCUGGUACUGCACUCCAGAUACUGA